UACACACUGUGUAUUAUUAUCUUUUGUUUAUUUCGCAAAAGCUCCAAGUUUUCAAUGUAUAACAACGGUUUUUACACGACGAAAUAAUACAGUAUUUCUUUAGUAAAAAAUUUCUUUUUUUUUCAUUUAUUCGCGGUUAUUUUCUCGAAAAAUAGUGCUCGCGUUGAGGAAUGGGCGAAAAUCCUACGAUGCGAUGCGCGCGGAGUUACCUACGUUGAUUUCAUAAUGAGCACUUGACUGGAAAGGAUAUCAUAAGUAUGGAUUGUUAAUGAUACGAAGUACGAAGUGAAAUAUGUUAUCGAGAAUGGGGUUUCAUGUAAAAUGAGCGAACCACCGUCACCACGUAGCACAUUGACCAUUCAUCAUAAACACCAUCGAAAUGCAAGUUUUAGUGUUCGAUCCGAUACUAGCGAUGACGUCGACAAAUCUGCCAGAAAAUUUUUUACCACUUGGAGAACAGCGUGCGAUAGAACAAAAGAUAAAACUAGAGAAUUAUUAAAAAGAACGCUGUCUUGGAAAGGUCAAGAUUAUUCCGUAACAAAUGAUUUAAAUACAUGUAUGGAAGAUACUAAUAUGUCCACAAAUACGACGAGUCAGCGUGGUUGGAGUGUACAUAUUUGGACGACAUGGGUGAGACGAUCUUCAUUAGGAGACGAUGAAGAAACACCGAAACCUAUAAAUCUUUCGGACAUUCAAAAAGAAAAAUUUUCGCAUUUUUUUACCAAUCUAUUGGAUUUAGAUCGAGAUGAAUUGAUUUCUAUCCAAGAUUUUGAUUAUUUAGCAGAGAAAUUAAGACAUUUCGCUGACUGGUCUCAUAGCGGUACUGAAUUUUCUUUACUGAAGCAAGUACAGCAAGAAUUCAUUAAUACAUUUUUCGUUAAUGUAAAUAAAGAAUCACCAAUAAGUUGUUAUAUCGAAUUAGACGAUUGGUUGAGAACAUGGAGUAAUUUAUUGACCGGUGUGGUGGGCAUGAGAGACCUUCCAUUUUGGCUACAGCAGUUUCCAAAAGUUCUUUUUCUUGUGAUAAAUAAAAGCGGCAAUGGUAUCUUAUCCAAAGAAGAACUGAAAACAUUUUUCGCCUCCAUAAUAGGCUAUCAUGAUAUGAAUGAAGAAGAUUUAAAUGAAAUGUAUAAAACUUUGACCGCUAAUGGCGAUUUUCCACUGAAGUUUCAUGUAUACGAAUUGUGUUUCGCCAAUUGGUUAUUUUGUAAGAAUCCAAAUGGUCCAGGUCAAUGGUUAUUUGGAAAAUGUGGAGCUCGUCCAGAUACGUUUCCAAUUGACUAUUCUGCCUUAUGUGCACCACCAGAAGAACGCGAACCAUACGUGCCGGAUAAGAAGAGCAAUAGACAUUCGAUAAUCGUUUGAAAAAAAAAUUAAGUAUCUCAAAAUUUUAUACAAAAAACAAUAUUUAUUCAAAAUACGUCUACAAGAGUUGUAUGAUACAAGUUCAUUCAAAAAUUCAUCGAUAACAUAAAAAUGAUAGAGGAAUGUAAUGUAUGUAAUUAAUUUUUAUUAAUAAAAGACAUUUUCGAUUUGUAAAUUCGCGCCGUAACGAUAGUAACAUAUGUUGUCCCUUCAACGCCGCAUUUAUCUUAUGUCAAAUACAUAGUAAGCAACUCAAAUGGAUUGACGUAAGCUUGUCAAUAAAAGUGUUGUACUUAGGCUAACACAUUUUCACAUUGUCUGCAUAAUUAAAAUUGACCAAGUGAAA